AUGCAUCUCACUUCGAAUCUGGAUUUAGUAAAAAGCAAGGUCACUGAGUACUGCUGUUAUGGCUACUGCAUUGAUCUCCUUCGCCGGUUGGCUAACCCCACGGAUCCACAUGGGAACCCAACUCCAUUCACCUAUGAUCUUCAUUUGGUUGGGGAUGGUCAAAUGGGAGAGGAACAUGUAGUUACAAUGAACGAGACCAAAGUGUGGACAGGCAUUGUUGGUGAACUGACCAAUGGUAUGGCUGAUCUCUCCGUCGCACCUAUGACUAUAACCCCAGAAAGGGUUACGAGACUAGAGUUCACAAAGCCCUUUAAGUACCUCGGAAUCACAAUACUCAUCAAGAGGGAGCGAUCAAAAUCCAACUUAGCAUCGUUUCUCCAGCCUUUCGAAAGCACCCUCUGGGUCCUAGUCGGGGUCUCAGUUCAUGUAGUGGCCUUCUUCCUCUACCUUCUUGAUCGAUACUCAGCCAUCCGUUGUCUUCAUCGAGCUCGCCGCCAUAGAACGAAUAAUAGGAAUGCCACCGGUAACAGCAAAAACGGUUGCGAUAGCAAAGAAGAGGAAGAGGAAUUUAAUCUUGGCUCUUCUAUGUGGUUCACUUGGGGCAUUCUGCUUAACUCUGGCAUUGGUGACGAAACGCCUAAAGCGUUUUCAACGCGAGCACUGGGUAUGGUGUGGGCGGGCUUUGCGAUGAUCAUUGUCGCCUCCUACACUGCGAAUCUGGCGGCUUUUCUCGUGCUGGACCGACCGGAGGCGUCCAUUUCUGGAAUUGAUGAUCCUAGGGUGAGUAUUUUAUUGCUUUAA